AUGUUGCUAAUUUCACCAUUCUUCUUCUGGGGAUCGUCAAUGGUGGCAAUGAAGGACGUGUUGCCAAAGGCAGGUCCCAUGUUCGUCGCCUCUGUCCGCCUCAUCCCGGCCGGUCUGCUCCUCGUUGCCUUCGCUGCCAGCCGAGGCCGCCCCAUGCACAAGUCCGCCCUUGCAUGGUUCUCCAUCCUACUCUUCGCCCUCGUAGAUGCCACAGCCUUCCAGGGCUGUCUCACAGAGGGCUUGAGGCGGACAUCAGCCGGCCUUGGAUCAGUCAUCAUUGACUCUCAGCCACUCACAGUGGCUGUGCUUGCAGCCCUUCUGUUCGGCGAGACCAUUUCCAAGAAAGGAUCGUUGGGGCUUGUGCUGGGGGUUGUAGGCUUGCUACUGCUUGAGGUCCCUCUGGAUGCGCUUCUCUCCUUCGCUUCCUCUCUCUCUGCGUCUUCAACCCAAUCAAUGCUUGCCACCUUGCCUCUAGACAGCCCACUCUCUCUUUUAGACAUCACCCCUUCGCUCACUGAUUCCACUGUCACUUUAGCAGCAGCAGCAGCAGCAGCAGCAGCUGAGGCUACAGCAGUAGCACCAGCGGCCCUUGCACUGACAUCACCAGCAGCAGCAGCACUGGGUGUGGGAGAUUGGCAGCUGUGGGAAAGUGGGGAGUGGUGGAUGUUGCUUGCUGCUCAAAGCAUGGUGGUUCCUCAAAUUACUGUCAAUUUUUCUCAUUGCACUCACUCCUCAACCCCUUCACUCCUCUCUCCCUUGUGUCCUUUCUCUCCCCUCUGUCCUCUCUCUCUUCCCGUUCCUCCCACUCUUCUCACACAUCUCACUCCGUCCACUCCUCUCCUCUCAUUCCUGUCACACCGCCAUCGGCACAGUCAUGGUGCGGUGGGUCUCGCUUCUCACCCCUCCCACACCUCCCAUUCAUCACACUCCACCUACUCCUCUCACUCUGGCCACUCAACUCACGCCUGCUUUAUGCCUCUCCCUCUGACCAGCCGUCGGCACAGUCAUGGUGCGGUGGGUCUGCAGGCACUGCGAUCCCAUCAUGGCCACUGGAUGGCACAUGGUGCUGGGAGGCAUUCCUCUCCUCUAUCUUUCCUUCCAGCAGCACGAUCCAGCAGUCUCUGGUGGCCUUGCUGA